AUGUCAGGCUGGGAGGUCCGUUUCUCAAACUCUCGUCAAUUGCCCUACUUUUUCAACCCCGCUACUGCUCAAUCCAUCUGGGAGCCCCCAUCCGAACUAUCUCUAGACCAGGUCAGAGCUCUUCCUGGAGCCUCCAAAUUCCUCCCAGCGGGAUGGCAACCUCCUGCAUCGGCUGCUCCACCGGCUGCUCAAUCUGGACCACCGGGACAUGUCCGUGCGAGUCAUAUCUUGUGUAAACAUGCUGGAAGUAGGAGACCGAGCAGCUGGAGAGAGCCUAAUAUCACCCGACCAGCCUCUCAAGCCCGCCAGAUCAUCCAGGGGUACAUUCAACAACUCGAAGCCGCUCCAUCUUCCGAGCUCCCUCGAGCCUUCGCUGAGAUUGCUUCUCAAAAGAGCGAUUGUUCGUCGGCAAAAAAGGGAGGAGAUUUGGGGUGGUUCGGAAAAGGCAUGAUGCAGAAGAGCUUUGAGGAGGCCGCCAUGUCGCUCAAGCCGGGUCAGAUGAGUGGUAUUGUCGAAUCGGACUCGGGUAUCCAUGUCAUCCUUCGAACUGGAUAG